AUGGUUACUUUUGAAUUCCAGUACCAACCACUAAAUUCUCCGGGACAGCAGACUUAUAUUAUUCAGCAACAAAAUUCGCCUGGAUCAGUUGAAGAAGACACUAAUGCACAACUUGGUCACACGACUAGAGCUUCACCGGCUACUAUUCAAUGGCUAAUAAACAACUACGAGCCAGCAGAUGGGACGUCACUUCCGCGCUGCACGCUUUACGAGCAUUACCAGAGGCAUUGCCGGGAAAAUGGUUUAGAUCAAGUAAACCCAGCAUCUUUUGGGAAAUUGAUACGUUCCGUAUUUCAUGGACUGCGUACACGUCGACUUGGAACAAGAGGAAAUUCAAAGUAUCAUUAUUAUGGCAUACGAAUCAAACCAGAUUCUCCUCUAAAUAAUGGCUUAACUGCAUCUAUUUCAUUAAAUGAUGAUUAUGGACGGCAGUCAUUUUCGCACCCAAUAGGCCAUGUUUCCACAAGAAAUGGGUCCUCUAGAAGGUCAGCUAAUAACAAUGGCGCGAUGAAUACAGGUCGUACUUCUACAACAAGUAUUGUGGAAUCUGGUGCACAGCAGUCGACCAACUCGUCGACAAGUCCUUCGCCAGUUUAUGUCACAAAUGGGCACGGCAUGUGUAAUUCAGCUUUUCAACCUUGCCAUAAUCAAAGCUCAAAUUCUUCGAGCAAUGGUGAAAACUGUGCAGAGGUCGAUCGUGAGCUGCUAGGGGACGGUGAAGUGCCACGUAUUCAGCCACCAGACUUGCAAGAUCUGCAGCGCUAUCUUCUCCCACUUGGUCUUACUAUUCAACACGCAAUGAAGUUUUUUGAUGGUUAUGCAGCAACUUGCGGGGAAGUGCUUGAGUGUGUCAAACAGUUGCAGUUUGAUGCGGUAGAAGAAUGUUGGGCCACCUUUUGGCAGCCUGAAAAUGAGCAAGAAGAAUUGGAAGAUGAUGAGUGCUUGCGGAACGAGAAGAUGUUGAAAAACUUAAGUCAAACGCAGCUGUUUACUAUGUGCACUAUUCCACCGAUGUUCGCUUACAUGCAAACGAUGGAUUAUGCUUUUUAUCAAGUGAUCGCAGAAGUAUUGAUUCCUGACGUACUGCAAGCGAAUAUGUCUAGUGCGCUCACCACACAGAUUCGAAAUUUUGCUAAAUCACUCGAAAAUCAAAUGAAGAAAGCGAUGCAGGGCGCACCGGACUAUAUACAGAAGAGGAAGUUAAAAACUGUUCGUUUGCUAGCGCAGCUUCUACGUCGGUACACUUCUUUAAAUCAUCUUGCAACUGCGGCAAGAGGCGUUUUACAGAAACCAGAUCAGAUCCAGCAGAUGUAUCAAGAUUUUAGUCGUGUUGACAUAAGUAACAUUCAGGAUCAGGCUGGCUGGAUUUGCGAUUGUGAUCCUAUCCUUGUCGCAAACCUCUACUCUGAUUUUUCUGAAAAUUUACAACAACAGAAAACCCUUGAACAGUGGGCAGAUUGGCUAGAAGCGGUUGUGGACCAGGAUGAAGAAGGUUUAGGGAAGCGUUUACGGGUUCUUGCGAAGUACCACAGCGAGUCAUAUAUGGUACUAUGCGAACUGGCAAAAAAUUUUUUGAAGAAUUGGUCAUUUUAUAGCAAUAUGGUGGUUCGGGACCUCACUCUACGUUCUGCGCAGUCUUUUGGCUCAUUCCACUUAAUUCGGCUUCUUUUUGACGAAUUCUUAUUAUACAUAGUGGAAGCAAAGCUUGCUAAAGUUUCUAAUAAACCAGUGAUAUCAGUUAUGACAGUUGAGAAGUCAGAUGAAAUGAUCUCUCAACAUUCAAUGGGAGCUGUAGUUGCUGUCCCAGUGUCCAACAAUAAUAUUCCACCGAUGCAGAGUAAUAUUGUGAGUGGUAGUGGUGAAGGUCCUGAUGAAAAUAGCAUUUUUAUGGAGGAAGAAGCAAUUCACUACGUGGAUGUUCCCCCAACCGGUCGUUUGACUGAAUAG